CCCGCGCCGCCCCUUCCGCCCCGCCCGAGGCCGCCAUGCAGGCGGCGCCGCGCGUCGCCUUCGGGGUUGUCGCCGACAUCCAGUUCGUGGACGCGGAGGACGGGCACGACUUCGGUGGCUGCCGGCGGCGCUACUACCGGCACAGCCUGCGCUUGCUGCGGGAGGCGGUGCGGGCGUGGGCAGACGAGAGCCCGCCGAUAGACUUUGUGCUGCAGCUGGGCGAUAGCAUCGACGGGCAGAACGUCCGGCGCGGCGAGGCCGAGAGCGCCUUGCAGCAGGUGCUGGCGGUCCUGGGGGAGCUGUCGGUGCCGGUGCACCACGCGUGGGGCAACCACGAGCUCUACAACUUCAGCCGGGCCCGGCUGGUGCACUCCGGGCUGUACAGCCGCCCCGCGGGGGGCUCGGAGGGGCCCCCGGACAGGGAGUGCCACGCCUAUCACUGGAGCCCGGCCCCGCGGCUCCGCCUCAUCGUGCUCGACACCUACGACGUGAGCACCCUGGGCACGGAGCCCGGCAGCCCCCGCUACCAGGAGUCCGUGCGGGUGCUGCGGGAGAAGAACCCCAAUGAUGACCUCAACAGCCCCGCAGGGCUCAAAGAACCUCACUUUGUAGCGUUUAAUGGAGGAUUUAGCCAAGCCCAGCUGGACUGGUUCAAUGAAGUCCUCAAGUUCUCUGAUGAAAACCAAGAAAAAGUUAUAAUUAUGGGUCAUGUGCCCAUUCAUCCGUAUGCUUCAAACGGGGUUUGCCUGGCCUGGAAUUACGAGGCUGCCCUGUCAGUCAUACACUCGCACCGGUGCGUGGUCUGCGUCCUCGCAGGGCACCUGCAUGACGGCGCCUACUGCCUGGACUCUCACGGAGUUCAUCACCUCACCUUGGAGGGGGUGAUCGAAACGCCACCAGAAAGCAACGCUUUUGGAACUAUUUACGUCUAUGAAGAUAAAAUGAUACUAAAGGGAAGGGGCAGAAUUCCCGACAGAGUUAUGCAUUUCUGAAAUACGAGGCAAAUAUAGAUUGCUCUUCUUCAGGAAGGCCUCGGACAAAAGCAUAGGAGAUUCAGCUGUUUGCUUUUAGAAAGCUGUGCAUGGCUGAUACUUAAUUGCUUUAGCUCAGACAUUUUUCUCUUGGAUACGGAAUUUUAGAAAUUAUGUUUCUGUAAGAAAAUACUUGAUUUCUUUCUGGAGAACAGAGAAGGCCAGUAACUGAAAUAAAAUAUAUUUGAGUACAGAAUGUUGAUGUGAAACACCCAAUCCAGACUGGAUUGUUACUGUGAAAAGAUGCAAACCAUAUAACGAAUACUGUUCAAAAAAAGCCCCACUGCUAUUCUCUCAGCGAGCAUUAAAGCAUGCAGAGUUGUACCUGCCCA